ACUGGGCAGGCUCGCGGCGAGCGUAGCCCGGCCUUCAUAGACGGAAGAGGGUUGAGUGACGGUCCAGCCCCGCCUUCUGGUUAAAGGGACAUACUCAACACGGAACUAUCCCGGGGCUGAAUUGUGCUGCAGCUAGAAUGAAGCACAUCAACUUGUCAUUUGCAGCGUGUGGAUUUCUGGGCAUUUACCACUUGGGGGCAGCAUCUGCACUUUGCAAACAUGGCAAAAAGCUUCUGAAGGAUGUCAAAGCCUUUGCUGGUGCUUCUGCGGGAUCCUUGGUUGCUUCUGUUCUGUUAACAGCACCAGAAAAAAUAGAGGAAUGUAGCCAAUUUACCUACAAGUUUGCUGAAGAAACCAGAAGGCAGUCUUUUGGGGCAGUAACACCUGGUUAUGACUUUAUGGCCCGACUAAGAAGUGGAAUGGAGUUGAUUCUUCCUUCCGAUGCUCACGAGCUGGCUCAGAACCGACUGCACGUAUCCAUCUCCAACACCAAAACCAGAGAAAAUUACUUAGUCUCCAAUUUUUCCUCCAGGGAGGACCUUAUUAAGGUCCUCCUAGCCAGCAGUUUUGUGCCCAUUUAUGCAGGACUGAAGCCAGUGGAAUACAAAGGGCAGAAGUGGGUGGAUGGAGGCCUCACCAACAGUCUUCCCAUCCUGCCCGUUGGCCGGACAGUGACCAUCUCCCCCUUCAGUGGACGACUGGACAUCUCCCCACAGGACAAAGGGUGUCUGGAUCUGUAUGUUAAUAUCGCCAAGCAGGAUAUCAUGCCACAUUGUGGACAUUCAGAUGAAGUAAAUAUACAUAUCUUGGUCAAUGUGAAACAUUUUGUGGGGACUCAGGCCAUGAGAAACAUCCUGCCUAACCACCUGACCACAAAGCAGACAAAGCCCCAACUAAAGAAACAUCCCUAUCAUAUCUUGCUCAGCAAAGGUCCAAGGAACACCACGAAGACAUCCCACCAGAACAAGGACCAGAACUACCUCAUCACAGGAACAUCUUAUCAAUAUCCUGCCAGGCAGCAAGUCAUAAUGCCCAAAACCCUCCCACCCAUACCUGUAAGUCCCCCCAGCCUGUAAGCAGCA